ACACAGUCUGCAGAGGCUAACGGCCCAAGGAACGAUAGCAGCACAGAAAGGACUCAAUACACAAGAAAGUGGCUUUCAGAACUGGUCCAGCAGAAGCCAGGUCUCUGUUCCUGCAGCCCCAGGAGCUUUCCAUUCAUUUGAGGCUAGGUGUGAGCCAAUCCUUCCUUCUCACUAUAACUAUGAAUACAGACCAGCCUGUCACAGACCUGAUCAUGGACACCAGUCCUCUGCCACCAGGAGUCAACAUCACAUUCAGCAACAUCACAAAUGGCAACCCUCUGGACAUACAGGUGAACGUGGAAGCUAAUGAGUGUCCCAGUGACGACUGGAAUCAGAUGCAGAAUAGUACUGGGCCCUGGUCUGUUCACAUCACACCUCGAGGUUUUUCACUCAGUGUGCAGCUGCACCUAACUUUGGAAUGUCAGUGUGACUGUAAGCAUUUCACCAUGGCUGAUACUAACCAUGCCCAGAAGCCUUAUACGACUCGUGCCGCCCAAGCCCAACUGCUCAGUUGUGCAGCGGCAGGGGAUCGUGUGUGAUGGGUGACUGUGUGUGCAACAGGCGACCAAACCCGAAAGAUACACUGGACGCUUCUGCGAGUGUAGCAACUUUGACUCUCCACACU